UCUAUGUCUUAAUAAUUAGAAGAUUUUUUAGGAUGUUUACAAUUAUUAGAUACAAGCAUCUAUAAACCUUAAGAAUAAGCAUGUAUUCCAGUAUUUAGAUCCUUGCCGCCAAACUUAAGGACAAUUAUUUAAAGAAUGGUAUUUUUUGAAGAAAGAAAAGUCCCAGAAAGUAUUAUACAAGCUCAAAAUUAUUAAUAAUCACCUAAUACUAUUCUAGAUCUGGCAAUUCAAUUAAAACUUAUUACAAAAUCAGAGGAAAGAUAACAAUAAGCUUUAAAUUCUUAUUAUUAUUUGGAUUCUAAUUUUUAGAAUUCAUUAAGGGAUUCAAUCGAAGGAAAAAGCAAAAGUAUUUUAACUAAAAUAGGAGAUUGUACUGAAAACAAAGAAUAAUUAAAAAGAGAAUGUAGUAGAAAGUGGAAGGAUUUAUUUGAUCUGAUUAGUAGAAGAGAUCGAUCUGAUAUUUCUUGUUAUAGAUAAUAAGUUAGACAAACUUUAAUCGAAUCCAAAUUACUUGAAAGAAAUUUAGGAGUUGGAUUUUCUUUCAUUUUGAGUUCAACUCAUAAAUAAAUUAAUUAAAUUCUAAAAUAUUAUGUUACUAAAUAAACUAGUAAUGUCGUAAGAUUUAUACUAUGUUUGAGUGUUUUGGAUCCUAUGAAAAUAUAUUAAAUGCCAAAUGAAGAAUGGUAAAAAAAUGUUAUCAAAGAUCUAUAAGAAUUUGGUUUAACACAUUAUCAUGAAUAAUAAAUGAGAAUUACAUUCUUAUUUUGGAACUUUCUUUAUGAACCUCCAAGUGUUUCUAUUGGAAUUUAAUGUAAUAUUAUUGUUGAGGCUAAUUUCAGAAUAUAUGCUUAUUUAAAUUCUGGAGAUCAUUAAGAAGAAGAAAUAUUAUGCAAUUUAUUAAAUUUGUUUUCAGAAAUAAAAAAACGAUUUAAAAUUUUAAUAAUAGCUGAUCUAUCUGAAUCUAGCAUUAGAAAAGCUGUAAGAGAGAAUUUAUAAGCAAAAUAAAUAAUUUAAUUUUUGGAAAUGAAUUGUAAAUAAGUGAAGUAAUAAAUAUCAACUGAAAAAUAACAUAAAAAUAAUGAUGAAUUAAAAAAGAGAUUAGAUUUUCUUAGAGUGUUUUAAGAAGGAAUUCCUGAAAAAGCUAUUAUUCCACAUAAUGUUGUUCAAUAAAUCUAAUAUUGGGAAAGUUUUUCAAAUAUAAAAUGA